AUGUCUCAUAUGCAAAGUCUAUCCAUUUCCCGUAUUGUUCUCCGAUCUUCCAAACCACUUCUUUUCCAGUGUACUCGCGUUACGGAGCGAAUUCGUGUGCUGCAAGUGUACUUUGAUGACAACGGUCUGACCUUGGAAGCCUUGGCGGAUUGCAUGGAUAUCGUUCACAAGAUCAUGAACUUGCAGACUGAAGUCGUUCAGAAAAGCGAGAAAGCGGCUCGCUUGUGCAUGGGACAGAAGCUGAAACUGAAGGGCGAGGUCGACGGAUGGCAGGAGUGGGCGGAUUGGCAGCGUUCUCACACGCUUGCAAGCUUUGCGCGAGCGCUGUCUAUGGAGCACUGGGAAUCCAUGGGCGAUAUGAAAGUGAGUGACGCCGUUUACAAUGCUCUUCGCCCAGAAGGACAGGUACAGACUAAUACUCGAACUGACGGGCAAGAUUCAACAUGUCUUAGCCCCACCAAGAAGUAGACUUUUGCUUUCCAUGAUCGUUACUGCGAUGCCGUACCAUCAUAAUGGUCUACUCUCUCCACAACUCCAGGCGCUUUCGCUUAUCGCAGAAAUGAUGGGAGUCCUUCGCAAUAUCAGCAACGUGAUGAGCAGCGGUGACUUCACUAUUGGAACGGGUAACAAGCUUCCUCACCUGGCGCAAAGUUUGUCGGCUCCAUGGUGCAAGUUUGAAGAGCUUCUGGAGAAUUGCAGUUUGCCGAAGGACUUGGAUGACUUGAUCACGUCGGUCUGCGCUCAGAUCCCGUACAAGGUUCAGCGCAUUUUCGAAUACCAAGUGAAAGCGUUGGAUCGCUGCACCACCACCACCAACGCCGCACCCACCAAAGCUGCUGUUGAUCACCUUCGCACCCUCAUGCAAGACAGUCCCGUGUGCCGUGCGCUUGAUGAGCUUUCCGUCAUCUGCCCAGAAUUUGCGACUUUUUGCUUAUGAUGAAAAUCUUUAUAUGCCGUGGUGUAAUUCUUCACAUGAUGAGUGGUCUUAUCUUACACUUAAUCAAUUACCGAUGAACUUCCUAUCCGUUUUCAAAUUCCACAUACAUUGUGUCUUGUAAGCAGUGCCUCUAAUCUCGAGCGCCGCCAACGAAGCGAUUUACUCCCACUCGAAGGAGCGCCUCGAAGAAUAUGACGAGGAUGGCAACGAAGUGAAACAGAGCCUCAAGAUUCUCGCAGAUUUCAAAGCCAAGAGAGGAAUCACUCGCACGAGUCCCGGACAGAUUGCUACCUCCCGCAUGCGAAAGCAGACUGCUGGCGAGCAGGCUGCUCGUGUUCAAAUGGAGAUGCGCAAACAGCCAAGCAGCUUCCUUCCGGUGGAAGAUGGCCUCACCAUGUACAACUCCCCGCCGGCUGCUGAGCCUCGCAGUCAAUCCUAUAUUCCCAGCGGUGACGAGGGUACUAUACUAGAUCUUCUACUGCCUCUUAGUCUUAGUUUGCGAGGCAAGCGCAAGUGCAGCGCGUGUGCGUUGGAAUGUGUAUCGAAGUGAGGCGAGGGCGUUGAUUUCUAGAAUGUCAGAGAAUCGACACCCAUCUUGCUCUUCAUUAUUUACGAAACAUUUUAUAUUUAUAACUUUACAGAUGCAGACGAGCACCACUUCGACUUCUCGAGCAUGAUCGCGGGAGAGGCGCUUGAUUUCUUUCAAGAACGCGACGCGGCUUUUGUGGACAGCAAGGACAAGAACAAGAAGGAGCCGGAGCGGAAGGCCAACACUGUGUCCGUCAAGGAAGAAGCGCGCGAUUCUGACGAGGAGAACGAAGUCGAAGCUUCGCCUCUUCACGCCAAGGCUGUGCCCAAGAUGAAGGUCGGCAAAGAUGAUGAGUCCCACUUUCUUCUCGGCGAUGCGGAUGCUGUCGUCAACCAAAGUACUACACUCAUUGUCAUUAUCGGUUAUCCAGUUGUGUGCUAUGUAUUAUAAUACCCAGUGUCUGCUUACACAAAGAAAAACUUUAGCACUUUACUGCUUCAAAUUCAACCAUCGCUAUCACUUACCUUAAGUUGAUAGCUUUUUCUCAUAUUAUUUCAGAGCGUCGCGUCUCGGUGGGUGAGCAUCAGUCGCCACCGAAGAAGCGUCUCAGUGUUGGCGAGCAGGAGCCGUUUGAUGAGGAGGAGUUCAUUGAGGAGGUCAAGGCUGUGGAGGAGGUCAUGAACGCGAAGGAUGAGAGCAACGCUAUCGAAGAUUCGGAAGGUAAGGCUUUACUUUUAUCUGAUCGUUUAGUAAGUCGCUUGCUCGAGUUUGGUUCUUUCUUCUCGCAAAGUGGAAAGCUGUACUGUUCUCAAGAGUGAAGGGGUAUAGAUUAUAAUCAUGCUACAUGAUAGAAUCAGCAUCGACGUUUUCCAAGUUAUCUUGAGACUCCUUAUCAUCUUCAUAAGGUGGCCCCGAAUCCAGCAGCUCCGAUGACGAUGAUGGCGACGACGCCCCGAGCACCACCACCACCACUAAGGGCAAGGGCAAAGCGAAAAGCAAGGCCGCAUCCAAGGCGAAGGCCAAGGCGGCCGCAUCCAAGGCGAAGGCUAAAGCGAGCGCGGCCAAUCUCGAGGGCAGAACGAUGGUCCCCGAUGGAGCUAACCCAUCCAAAGGCGGCGUGGUGUUGGGAUUGCGCAAGACGAAGAAGAACGACUAAGGGGUCCGAUUGGUCUGAUGUUGGACUCCUGUAGUCGGGGGAGGAAAGUGAGGUGGUGAAGGGGUAAGACAGAGAGUCGGGUUGAUGGUAGACUCUCUGGGACGGGAGCGGGUUGACGGGUGGGAAACAGUCGGUAAACCUUGGGGUACUAAAGGAUAAAGUGAAGCUGUGAGAGCUCGGGAUACAUUUAGGUAGCACUCCCACACUCGAUGAGUAUUUUAGUUCUUUUCCUAGAAACUCGUGGACACUUUAUCGCGGCGGUUAGUCUACUUCCAAGAAGAUUCGUAAUAAUGUGUAUGAGUCUCCUAGAGCUUGUGUCGCCAUCGUCUGGCCAAGCGGUAUUUAGUCCGUGCUACGGUGGAGUAAUGAGCAAGUAGCAACUUGUGAGGACUUAUCGAACUCCUCCGCGAAGGCGGAGGUCGUUCCGCAGAUUGAGUAUUUUUCUUUGCACUUUCUAUAGAUGUUACUAUAUGUGGAUGUUUGUAUUUUGUGCUGAGUGAUUUGCUUAUCGACAUGAGUAGCGAUCUAGGUAGGCUUCCCUACGGUGUCCCCUGCCGGGGUUGUAGCAUUACUAGUGUCAGCAAUUAGCUGAUUGCUCUAGAAGUCUUCUGCAAAUCCUGGGGAUGAUUUCUUGAGCGGGCAGGUGUGACGGCCGUAGGGGUAGUCGCCAGUCCACGACGUGCGACUGAUAUAGUUACCGCCGAAUUCCCAAGGAAUCUUUAGCAUUUUCUUCACUUGAGGAGUUAAUUGAGCACCUGGGCGCACAAUUAGAAAAACUUAAUUAAUUCCGUCUGCGCAUCAGAUAUUUCUUUUCCUUGUGUUCCACGGACUGCUUUAAGUCGCGAGCAUGUUCCGCGUGACAACAUCACUUGACUUAACUCAGCCUCGAUUCCACGUUUGUUUACUUAUGUCGGAGACUGACCUACGGCAUUUGUAGAUAAGGAAACUCGAGAAGUUCGAGUCGUUUGAUUUUGUUUGUGCAGCUUCGUUGUGUAUGCACGAUAAACACUGGAACUAUGAGAAGGUAUCUAAAUCCAAGAUUCGCGCUAGUUAUAUUGCGUGAAGACUUUCGAAGAAACCGAGAAAGAAGGAGUGCUAGGCUUUCACAGCCUGGGGCAGUAUUUCUAGCUCUAUCUUUGUGACAGCAUUUAGAGGCGGGAGGAUGGAUGGGGAUUGCUGUAUCGUUCGAUGGAGUGCACAACUGGGCCAUUCGCAGUCUCUCACUUCGGGUGACGUGUUUGAAUGCGUGCAGUAAUCUUCUUAGAUUUUCCGGAGUCGCGUCUUUUCUCCUGAUGUGUAGGUCGUAAUCUGUCGCCUUUUUUGUCCAAGAGGGAUGUAAUUACUCCGGACGACACGACUGUAGACCUACGCUGUCAUGGUUUCGCUUCUUAUUUCUCCAAGAGAAUUUUGCAUUUAAUGUAAUUAAUGGUGCAUGCAUCUCAUGAGUGGGGGGACGAGCGAGGGCAAUCGCGUCGACUGUUUCACCGUUUACACAUAUUGGCCACAACCUUACGAAAAUGGGAGUUCAGGGGGGUUCAUGGGGGUAAUUUUCUUAUACACCUAUCGUAUACAGCGCCUGCGGUCGAUGUUGCGAUAGGUGUAGUUUAUGACUAUCUACAUCACGGUAUGAAUUCAUGAUUAUCGAUAAUCUUUUUGUUUACAACAUGAUGCAUUAUGAUGAGAAAUCUUCUACAUGAGCUGCGAAGGCAUUUCCAUGAUAUUCGAGGCGAAUUCCUUGUUGUUUUCUCUUCAUAGUCGAGUAGGCAUGUAAUCUAGUACAUUCUUUCUCGUGAAUUAUACACAGGACGUCUCCACUUUCUGCAGUAUACAUAUACUUACUCUUACUCUACAACUACGCGCGAUUCUACAUACGAGCAGGGCUAGUUUUGUUCGCUUCAUCUAUGUGAAUUUUUUUUACAUUUCAGGCCCAUUUUCUUCAUAAGUAAAUAAAUGCCCACUGACAUUUCCACAGUCGAGUAGGACGUGGGUUUCCAUAGGUGCAGCCAGUGAAGAUAUCCCAAAGAUAUCCAUACCUUUCGCAUGUCACUCACUUCAUUCGCUAGUAGUAUGCCGACGCCACAGCAUCUGUUAUAUCAUUCAUUUCGUCUCACAUCAUUCUUUUACAAGAUGGGUUUGGUUUGAUUGAAUGGAAUUGCUCCUGCUGCAUUCAGAACACCACUGCACUUCGCGAUGGAGAAAAGUAGAUCUUCACAAAGCUGACUAGACAGUGGAGGGUUCGUCAUCCGUAGAAACUUUUGAUGUCGUCCCGAAAGACUUUGGCGAUCGUGCCAGUAGAGUACACACAGCACAACACAAGAAAAAGCGCGAUGUUGAGUGACGAAA